AUGCUAUGCAACUACGCGUUUGACGGGGGCUCAGCAGGCGAUCCAGUCAGCUCAAGUGGUAUUUGCUUUGAAACAGCUUGUUCGCAGGUCCGCAAGGAAGGAGAUUAUUACAAUCGAUAUUGUAAAGCUGACACAUGCACAGUCGUAGGGAGUAAAGAGACAAUGGUCCAAAUGCCUUGUGGGAAGAUCAAACGACAUUGCGCGAAGUACUAUCCUUCCGCCGACCCGCAGAAGCAUAAUAUUUACAUUUGUUUUGACAACUAUGAUCGCCAAGAGUUCAAAUGUCCCCACGCCAUUGGCGCAUGGCCAUACCUGGGUAAGGCACAUUUUUCUGUUAUUACGGAGAAGUUUGCACAACGAGGUGUUCAACAUGUUGCGAAAAAGAAGAUUACAACAAGUGCAAGUAAUCACCUUUUGAUUUACGGACUUGAGUGUACUGGGAAUUUGGAAUAA